UAGACCCAAAACUCAGGAGGAAACACUCUUUUACUCCGUAGCAGCAGUCUGCCCUCCCACGUACCCUCACUCAAGGUGUGUGCACUGCCGCCACGUCGACAAGGCAAAGGUGAAGAGUCGGCACAGGUGAGGAGCUGUGGGGCCACAAGAUCGAAACGUCACAUUCUGUUUAGAACCCAGUGAAGGAGACCACAGUGCCAAACAUCACUUAGUUUUCCAGCAGAGAAAGACCACAACAAGAGAGAAAGCAGAUAAAGUGUAAAUCCAGGUUGACGAGCAACACAUUUCAUCGAGAAGUCAAGAACAAGGCGCUUGUUGAUUUUUUAGAACCAGACGUCCUCAUGAAGAGUCGCCUGCCUGCUGUGCUGUCCCUUGGCGUGACGACCUCUGCGUCAAAGGGCAACGGCAUUGUCGUUAAAAACAAUGUUCAAGACGAUGUAAACCUCUUGGAACACAAAGUGUAUAGCACGAUGCCCGCAUGUGGACUCAGUACUCGGGGUGCGUCUGUCUAUGGUGCGACUGUUGGCGCCCGAGAAAGUAUUCCCAACGUGGGGCGGCGAGCACUCAGGUCCCGACAUCCACUCGUGCUGCAAGGCUUCCCCGUGGGGGCGCCACACGCAGGGCAAGUAGUGUGGGCCGAGGCCCUCACAUCGCCGGCCUCAAGGAGACCCAGGAACCAUCGGCAGAUAAAUGAUCUGGCUGUCAGUCUUCCCAUAAAAACAUACCCAUCUACUCUCCGUCGUACCUGCGGUCAGUACUAUGCACAACCCGAUCAACAGGUGAAAGUGGGUGCUGGAGAUCCACAGGUGAAAGUGGGUGCUGGUGAUCAACAGGUGAAAGUGGGUGCUGGUGAUCAACAGGUGAAAGUGGGUGCUGGUGAUCAACACGUCCCUGUUGGUGUCGGUGGCUUGCUUCCAAGACAGAAAAUUGAGAGGCUGCUAGUGAGUAUUGAUAGAAAGAACAGCCUUAGCGAAUGCACAGCUAGGUAUUCCCAAAGGCACCGCCAGCAUCACCACAAAACCUACCUUCAGCUCAAAAGUCGCCUGCAGCACCAGCAGCUCGGUACACAGACAACAUUCCCCGCCGAACACCUGCUGACUUCCCACAAAAUACCAGUCGACCCUGUGGCGAGUCGACACCUGAAACUACGCGCCUUGGCCUAUCGACACAAGGCUAGAGGCCGUGUACUCAGACAACACCAAACACCAAGCACUUUAAUACGCUGGCACCAGGCACCAGACGGCGCCACAGGAUGUAAGAGCGUUACAGAACACAGCCCAUCCAAUUAUAGCAGAAGGUCAGAGGUCGAGAGGGCAUCGUGUUCAAAGACUGACCCUCAAGAAGAAGCAUGCAGUCGUGUUAAGCUGCCUCCGAUCUCGAGUGGUGGCCAGCCUCGUCACCUGGACAUGAUGGAGUACUUGUGGGUGUACCAGGGCAUGAGCCGACAGGUGUUGAGACCGCUCUCAGGAUGUGAGGACCGGGACCCCACCUUCCACAUGGCGUCCACCUCCCACUGCUGCAUGUGUGUGGGCACCGCAGGGUCCGCCAGUGUCGCCCUCACUGACUGGAGCAGGAGACAAAUCCUAGCAUCCCCUACACCCACUCUCGCAACACUGUGGGUGAAUGAAAGCCUCAUAAAUAUGGCUAAAAUUAGCAAAAUAAAUGCAAAUAAGGACACAAAAGACAAAGGAAACAACUCCAGCAGCUUCUUGGUGCGGGAAGGUCGUCUAUUAAACUCCAGAGACAGGAAGAUGUCGGGUAAUGGCUACGGCAAGAAGAAGAAGAUAAUCGUGACCUUGCCGGUCAUCAGUCGAGACACGAGCAGCAAGGACCUACACAGUGAUGAUCGACAUCAGGGAGUCGCCGACUGCUGACAUCAUACUACACAGCAAACCAUGAAACCAGCUGUACGAGUUGCAUCAAGACGCCUUCUCUUGAACAUUUGUGUCUUUGUGUCUGUGUGUGCGCUGUGUGUAAAUAUAUGUUGUGAAUACCGUACUUUCAUGCUGAAGACAAGAAUUUUACUUUGCUGCCAUGUCAUCACACAACUACAGCAUAAUUGCUGCAUCUUACUUAAAACUUUGCCUUCUGGUUUUUCUCUUCUUUUUUUUUACAAAUAAAACAAUCA